UUGAGAUGCCGAUUGAGCUUGUCCAGGGGAAUAAAUACCCUGCCAACCAUUCUGGCUUCCUGACUGAGAAGAAAAGACCAUGAGAUUCAUAUUGUUCAUAGCCUUCUUGGGAGCGGCGGUUGCCUUCCCCAUCGAUGACAACGACGAUGAUAAGAUCGUGGGGGGCUAUACCUGCCAGAAGCAUUCUGUCCCCUACCAAGUGUCCCUGAAUUCUGGAUACCACUUCUGUGGUGGAUCCCUCAUCAAUAGUCAGUGGGUUGUGUCAGCUGCUCACUGCUACAAAUCACGCAUCCAAGUGAGACUCGGGGAGCACAGUCUGAGCAUCAACGAUGGCUCCGAGCAGUACAUCAACUCGGCCAACGUCAUCCGUCACCCUAGCUACAACUCCCGGACGUUGGACAACGACAUCAUGCUCAUCAAGCUGUCCACACCAGCUACCCUCAACUCCCGCGUGAGUGCAAUCACUCUGCCCAGCAGCUGUGUGACCACCGGGACGCAAUGCCUGAUCUCUGGCUGGGGCAGCAACGGCGGUGAGUCCUUUAGCAGCCCUGAUAGCCUGCAGUGCCUGAACGCUCCUGUACUUUCCUCCAGCCAGUGCAGUAGUGCUUACCCAGGGCAAAUCACCAACAAUAUGAUCUGUGUGGGAUACCUGGAAGGUGGCAAAGACUCGUGCCAGGGAGACUCUGGCGGUCCUGUUGUCUGCAAUGGGAGGCUCCAGGGAAUUGUCUCCUGGGGUAUCGGCUGUGCUCAGAAAGGCUAUCCUGGAGUCUACACCAAAGUCUGCAACUACGUCUCCUGGAUCCAGAGCACCGUCAGAUCCAACUAAGCCUGGAUGGAAGUGUCCUUGAAAAGAU